AUGCACUUCGUCCCCGAAUUUCAUCACUUCGACGCAGAAAUCUUACAAGCCCGCGCAGAUGGUCGCUUUGGCGUCAUUGACUGCUUCCAGUGGCCUCAGGCUUACGACGAUACAUUUUGCCAUGCUGCUUGCAUACUUCGAAAGGAGGCUUUUCCAUCUCCUCACCCACUUCAUUGGGCCUGGUUCACCCCUACCCAGAAUGACCUUAAGUCCAUUCCUGGGAAUUUGUUUCCUGUGGGCACACUGGCGUCGGAUAAGGUCGAUGGAUUGCAAUCCCUCUUCAAACUGGCGGAACAACGACUCCGUGAGUAUAGACAGGCUCAGCCAGACAGAGGCCAAGUUAUAUAUGGCCGCCUUUUGUCCCUCCGCCACGCCGUCGCACGCUUGAAGUCGCACCCCCUCACUUUUCGUGAUCUUCUCAUUUUCAUCACUGACGCUCAGCGUCUCUUUCUCGAUAUAUACUCUUACAUUGACUGGGUACUCAUAGCUCAACCUCUCACUACUUCAGGCUUUCGUCAUGCUGUUUGGGGCGAUUGGAUGGGCGCUUUUGUGCAGAGUAGCGACGUCUGUGAGAAGUGA